GGUUGGAGAUGUAGUUAAUCUUGUCACCCUCGCUGGGUUUCUUUUGUCCCGCAAAGCUCGACAACGACAACCUAUUUAAAUGCGAAUGUGGGCUCAUGUCAUAUCUUACGCCUCCAAAAUCAAAAUCGAACUGUAAAUCUUUUUGUCAUUCUCCGUCUGCAUCUCGAAGUCAAAUUCGCCCAACGCACGCAUUAAUCUUAUUUAAAAGGAAGAGAACAAGAACAAGAAAAAGGAGAAAAGAAUGAAUCUUAUCGAUAUCAGCUUUUGCAUUGGUCUUGGAGACCUGGUCAGAAGAUUCAGAAGCAGAGACUUCCAGCCGAUAAAGAUAUCGCAUUCGCAUCUGUUUAGCCAACAUCAGGGAAGUAAUUUUUUACACUUUUGGGCCCGAAGCCUGCUGAAGAAUUCUCACGAGUUACAAGUUACAACACUUCAUGGUACAUGAAAACACGUCGGCCGGACUUGCUUCCUGAUUUCUAGGGUUUCGAACUCACUGGAGCAACCAAUUUGGACGUCUAAGGUGAUUUGCAGCAUUUAGUGGAGUUAGCUAUUCUAGAAUCCAGGCGGUUUUCUAUAGUUCUAAGAUGUCUGGAUUGAGAGUUUGGUCGCUUGGAGCCCUUCUGGUUUUAUGUGUUUGUUGCUUAUCAAAAGCUGGAGCACAGAUCACCCAUCCUGGCGAAGUAAAGGCAUUGCAGGCCAUCAAGAAAAAUUUGAAUGAUCCUAAGAACAAUCUAAGAAAUUGGAAUAAGGGAGAUCCAUGCAUUUCAAAUUGGACAGGGGUUUUGUGCUUCAAUAUAACAGAAAAAGAUGGAUAUUUACAUGUUCGAGAACUCCAACUGCUAAAUAUGAAUCUUUCUGGAACUUUAUCACCUGAGCUUGGCCAAUUAUCAUAUAUGAAUAUUCUGGAUUUCAUGUGGAACAAUAUAAGUGGAAGUAUACCAAAGGAGAUAGGCAGUAUUAAAUCUUUGGAACUCCUGCUUUUGAAUGGCAAUCAACUAACAGGUCCUUUGCCUGAAGAGAUUGGCUUUCUCCCCAAUUUGGACAGAAUCCAAAUAGACCAGAACCAAAUAUCAGGACCAUUGCCUAAAUCUUUUGCAAACCUGAACAAAACCAAGCACUUCCACAUGAAUAAUAACUCAAUUAGCGGGCAAAUCCCCCCUGAGCUUUCUCGAUUACCAAGUCUUGUUCAUUUCCUGCUCGACAAUAACAAUUUAUCAGGGUAUCUUCCACCAGAGUUCUCUGAGCUGCCAAACUUGCUUAUACUUCAGCUUGAUAAUAACCACUUUGAUGGGAGUACAAUUCCAGCUUCUUAUGGAAACAUGUCCAAAUUGUUGAAAUUGAGUCUCAGGAACUGCAGCCUGCAAGGUUCAAUUCCUGAUCUAAGCAGGAUUCCGAACCUUGGAUAUUUAGAUCUCAGUUUGAACCAGCUUAAUGGAUCCAUACCACCAAAUAAGCUUUCUGACAAUAUCACUACCAUCAAUCUGUCAAACAAUAAUCUUAGUGGGCCUAUUCCUUCUUCCUUUUCAGGUCUUCCUCUCCUACAGAGAUUAUCACUAGAGAACAAUUUUUUGAGUGGUUCUUUUCCAUCAACUAUCUUGGGCAACAGGACUCUGAAUAAAACUGAAAGCAUCAUCUUGGAUUUUCGGAAUAAUUUACUUUCAAAUAUUUCAGGCAAUCUUAGUCCCCCUGCCAAUGUCACCAUCAUGCUUCAAGGAAAUCCCUUAUGUAACUCCAAUCUUUUCAACAUAACUGAGUUCUGUGGACCUCAGACUGGAUCUGAAGACACAUCUCAGAGCACAAUCAACUCUACAGCUAUUUGUCUUGUUCAAUCAUGUCCUACUGACGAUUACUUUGAAUACAUCCCAGAAUCUCCUGAACGUUGCGUCUGUGCAGCACCUCUUAGAGUUGGAUAUCGGUUAAAAAGUCCUGGAUUUUCAGAUUUCCUUCCAUAUUUGAGCAAUUUUGAAGUAUACUUAACAUCAGGUCUUGAAUUGAAACUUUAUCAGCUGUCAAUUGAAAAUUUUAUCUGGGAAGAAGGCCCUCGGUUGAGGAUGUACUUGAAGCUUUUUCCACCGGUGGGUGACCAGAGCAUCUUUAAUGAGAGUGAAAUUCAAAGAAUCAGGAGUAUGUUCACAGGAUGGCAUAUUCCUGACAGUGAUGUUUUUGGGCCAUAUGAACUUAUCAACUUUACUCUCUUGGGACCAUAUCAAACAUUCAUUCUGGAUUCUCAAAAGUCAGGAUUAAGUACGGGUGCGUUGGUUGGAAUUAUAUUUGGGGCAGUUGCAGUUGCAGCUACGUUAACUGCAAUUAUUUCAAUAUUUGUUACAAGAAGAUGUACGAGAAAACAUCGUACAGUUACAGGAAAACGUCAAGUGUCCAAGAUCCCAAUCAAGAUUGAUGGCAUUAAAGACUUUACCUUUGAAGAAGUGUCACUGGCUACAAAUAAUUUUAGCAGCUCCACACAAGUUGGCCAAGGAGGUUAUGGGAAGGUCUAUAGAGGUAUUCUAGCUGAUGGCACAGUGGUGGCCAUAAAGCGUGCACAAGAGGGAUCAUUACAAGGUGAAAAGGAGUUCUUUACUGAAAUAGAAUUGUUAUCAAGGUUACAUCAUCGAAACCUAGUCUCUUUACUUGGAUAUUGUGACGAAGAAGAUGAACAGAUGCUGAUUUAUGAAUUCAUGCCAAAUGGCACAUUGAGGGAUCACCUUUCUGGUAAAACAAAAGAACCUCUGAGUUUUGCAACAAGGUUGCAAAUUGCAUUGGGUUCAGCCAAGGGCAUUCUCUACCUCCAUACAGAAGCAGAUCCACCAAUAUUUCAUAGAGAUAUCAAAGCCAGCAACAUAUUAUUAGACUCCAAAUUUACUGCCAAGGUUGCUGAUUUUGGUCUUUCACGACUUGCCCCAGCUCCAGAUAUUGAAGGAAUUGUGCCUGGUCAUGUAUCCACAGUUGUAAAGGGAACUCCGGGCUACCUUGACCCAGAAUAUUUCUUGACCCAUAAAUUGACAGAUAAAAGUGAUGUUUAUAGCCUCGGAGUUGUUUUCCUAGAGCUCUUGACGGGGAUGCAGCCAAUUUCUCAUGGCAAAAACAUUGUUCGAGAGGUCAGCAUGGCAUAUCAAUCGGGUAUGAUCUUAUCGGUUGUAGAUGGACGCAUGGGAUCUUAUCCUUCUGAGUGCAUCGAGAAGUUUUUAACUUUGGCCCUUAAGUGUUGCCAAGAUGAGACCGAAUCUCGACCUUCAAUGGCGGAUGUGGUUAGAGAACUUGAGAACAUGUUGCGCAAGAUGCCAGACGCAGACAAAACGCCAACAGAACCUGCAGUUUCCAAUCCUCUAAAGGCAGCGACUCCACCGUUUUCAUCCUCGUCAAUGAAGAACACAUACGUGUCAUCAGAUGUCUCCGGUAGUGACCUUGUCAGUGGAGUUAUCCCUUCCAUUACGCCUAGAUGAUGGAAGUGGUUGUCGUAUUUACUUUUAUUUGAUUACAAGUCCUCCCCUACUAUGUGAUUGCGUUUUAACGUACUACUACAUUGAGGGUAGAAUUGUAAUUUUACAAUUAUGUGGGGAAAAUCAAUGAAUAUAGUAAUAAACAACAUGGCAUCUAAUGUAUUAUUUACUUAAAGUGUGAUUUUCGAAGAGAACCAAUAUACUAUACUAAUAAUCUUGAAUUA